GCAAACCCACUUUCUUCUAAUGGAAUCGCGGUGGUUACACUCACAUUACUUACGUCACUUUUUUUCCACAUUAAAUUAAUUAAUUACUCUACUAAGUUUCUAUCUUCGAUUUGCUGUUAUCGACACUUUGCUACACACUUUUAAGUUGGGAGCGACAAACACCACCUUAAAACUCACACAUUCACACAUAUCAAAAUCCAUAUACUAACUCAGAUCUCAUCUUCUUUUGGACAAAGUAUUUCCCUUUCUUAUACCCAAUUGGAUUCUGAUUUCAACCCAGUUAAUCAUUAAGUCAGUCUGUUGCAAGGGAGCUGUAUCUUGAAAUAUAAUUCUGAUUUGAAUUAUUGGGGUUGGGAAUUGGGUUUUGGACUGUGAAUUUGACUCUGAAUGUCUGGUGAAGCAAGAUCCUUUUAGUUCAUAACUGAACACUUGAAACUUGAAAGCUGGAAUUUGGAUUUCUAUUGCUUUCAAGUUUCAACUAAUAAAUGUCGAGGGGAAGAUCUGAUGGAUCGCAAAAGAAGCGCAUAGUUGCUUCCAUCUGUGCCGUGACAGUUUUUAUUGGUUUACUCUAUGUGUAUGGUGGAUCCAUCUUUGGCUCUCAAAAUAAUGGUUCAUCUGCUCUAGAAUAUGGCAAAUCAUUGAAAAGACUUGGGUCAUCAUAUUUGGGCGUGGAUGAUGACAAUGAUGGAAAGCAAGAUGAAUCUUCAUCAAGUCUCAGGCUGGGAGAUGGGGAGGACAAUAUUGUUCCAAAGAGUUUCCCUGUUUGUGACGAUCGUCAUUCAGAGUUGAUUCCCUGCUUAGAUAGACACCUUAUCUAUCAACUGCGGAUGAAAUUGGACUUAUCUUUGAUGGAACACUAUGAAAGACAUUGUCCUCCUGCAGAAAGGCGUUAUAAUUGUUUGAUUCCUCCUCCAUCAGGAUACAAGGUUCCUGUUAAGUGGCCACAAAGCAGAGAUGAGGUGUGGAAAGCAAAUAUCCCGCAUACUCACCUUGCAAAGGAGAAAUCUGACCAGAACUGGAUGGUUGUAAAAGGUGAAAAGAUAGUAUUUCCUGGAGGCGGGACUCAUUUUCACUAUGGAGCUGAUAAGUACAUUGCAUCAAUGGCAAAUAUGCUUAACUUUUCGAACAACAAUCUAAACAACGGAGGAAGAUUGCGGACAGUGCUUGAUGUUGGCUGUGGUGUUGCAAGUUUUGGAGGAUAUCUUCUGUCAUCCAAUAUCAUUGCAAUGUCCUUGGCACCGAAUGAUGUGCAUCAAAAUCAAAUUCAAUUUGCCCUAGAAAGAGGAAUUCCUGCGUAUCUUGGCGUCUUGGGAACUAAGAGACUACCUUACCCAAGCAGAUCUUUUGAACUUGCUCACUGUUCUCGUUGUCGAAUUGAUUGGCUUCAGAGAGACGGAAUCCUACUUCUUGAACUAGAUCGGUUGCUCAGGCCAGGAGGUUAUUUUGCAUACUCGUCUCCAGAAGCGUAUGCUCAGGAUGAAGAGGAUCUAAGGAUAUGGAAAGAAAUGAGUGAUCUCGUGGGGCGUAUGUGUUGGAGAAUAGCUGCAAAACAGGAUCAAACUGUCAUCUGGCAAAAACCUUUGACAAAUGACUGUUAUAUGGCAAGAGAACCUGGUACUCGCCCUCCUCUAUGCCAGUCUGAUGAUGACCCUGAUGCAGUUUGGGGAGUAAAUAUGGAAGCUUGCAUAACGCGAUACAGUGAUCAUGACAACAAAGUUAAAGGUAGUGGCUUAGCUCCAUGGCCUGCAAGAUUGACCAGUCCUCCUCCUAGAUUAGCCGACUUUGGCUAUUCAAAUGAAAUGUUUGAAAAGGAUAUGGAACAAUGGCAAGAGAGAGUUGAUAAAUACUGGAAUCUCUUGGGUCCUAAAAUCAAAUCAAACACAUUGAGGAAUAUUAUGGAUAUGAAAGCAAACAUGGGUUCAUUUGGAGCUGCUCUUAAAGACAAGGAUGUAUGGGUGAUGAAUGUUGUACCGCAAGACGGACCAAACACACUUAAACUUAUAUAUGACCGAGGCCUCAUAGGCGCCACUCAUGAUUGGUGUGAAGCAUUCUCAACAUACCCUCGGACUUACGAUUUGCUCCAUGCAUGGACCGUCUUGUCGGACGUAGCAAAGAAAGACUGUAGCCCAGAGGAUCUAUUAAUUGAGAUAGAUCGUAUGCUUAGGCCAACCGGUUUUAUAAUCAUCCACGAUAAACAGCCAAUGAUUGAUUUUGUGAAGAAGUAUCUAACCGCAUUACACUGGGAAGCAGUUGCAACUGCAGAUUCGAGUUCGGAUGAAGUUGUUUUGAUCAUCCAGAAGAAAUUGUGGCUUACUAGUGGAAGCUUCAGAGACACUGAAUGAAUGAAACAAACAAAAAUUGCAUUUUCAUUCUCUUUAAUAUAUAUUAUUAUUAUUAUCUGCUUCUGCAGGGGGAUCAAAGCACUUCCCAUUGUAGCAUUACACAAUGAUUUCCUUUCAUUCUAUUUGCUUAUUUUGAUUCACAUUUUUGGGGUAAUGUUACAAGUUAUUAUUAAGACAUAGGCAACACGGUUUUAUAGGCUAUUCAAAAUUUUGCUGCCUGCAUUUGGGUAUUAUGUAAGUUAGUUCAAUAAUCAAGAUAUUGACUAAAUGAUUAAAGUAUAGACAAGGACUUGUAACUUAUAAUUUAUGUAAUAUUUACAUAUUUGUGCACUUUCUGUUCAGAA